AUGAAUGAUUCCGUGACUUUAGGGGUUACUCCGAUUCGGACAUCUAUGGAUAUGAAGCUCCGGCAUUAUAUCCUAUACAAUGUCGGACUCCUGAAGAUGAGCUCCCGCAGCCGAAAAUUGAGAUCGUCCGAGCUGGUGGUCGACUGGCCGUUACGCUGCCGUUGUCUGUUCUCGAGGGUCGGUGUCGUUUAUGGGUGGAGGUCAGAAUGCUACCAAGAUGUGUCCGCCUUGAACCGUUCAGCAUUCAAAAGAACAUCGAAAUCGACUGCAAUCGGAAACUUCGACAUGGAAAUUUGCAGAAAAGAAACUGGCCCUAUGUGCAUGGAAAUAGAAGCGGUAGGUGGAAAGAGUGGUCGAGCUACCAUCACAUGGCUUCCACCGCCACGAGUUCCACUCUUCUACCAUGAUCGCUAUAUGGUCCAGCACAGAUCAAGUAAUUCUCCUUUGAUGAUUUGGCAAAUUGCCACAAAGAGAGAUAUCAAAGCUGACGGUACGGUAACCAGCCUUGCACUGGAUGUGGCAGAAGACCAGGUUUAUGGAGUCCAAGUGUGUGCCAUUUACAGUCAACUCCAUAAGCGCCCCAAAUUUGGUUUGGUCCGUGUCACGCCGUUUCACUGCACUAGCUGUAACAACACUGGUAAGUGUUUCGGCGUGAAUGGUUAA